UCUUUCUAUAACACAAUUCGACCGUUUCAUAUUAUUCGACAAUAAUAAAGUUUAUUUCGGUCAUCCCAUUAUCAAAUAAUAAAUUUUUUUUGUCACACCGUAUUAUAAUAUGUAUAGGCAGAACCAUAUAGGUAAUAAAUACACAAAUAAGAUAAUCCGGAGUUGAACGCGGUUUUGGUUUUGGCUUUUUUGUUUUUAUUUAUUUAUUUAUUUAAUCUAUUAAUUAUGGAAAUAUUUUUAAAAAAUCGUUAACGUUAGUGAGCUCGUGACCGAGGAAAAAAAAGGGGGGUCGAAUAUUACACGAAUUAACCUUUUUUUUCCUGUGGUUUAUUUAUGAAAUUCCUCUUGGUUUUGAAUGUAGCGUGAUUCCGUUGUACGGAUCAAUCCAGUCUCCGUUGGCUCUUCGAAGUCCUCGAUGUUCGUCGAUCGUCUUCAAACGUGGAUGCGUUUGUUUGCGUUUUCCCUCUCAGAUCACUGAGCUCGGAUCGAUUCGUGUUUUUGUUUUUCUUUUUCCCGGCGAGAGAGGAAGUGAAGCAGAAAAGGCAGGAGGAUCGGAGAUCUGGAAAGGGGAGCCGUAUUCGGAGUGUUUAGAUUGAUGGAACUUGAGAGAAAGUGAGAGAAAAGUGUGAGGGUAUGAAGUUUUACAUAUCGGCGACGGGGAUUAAGAGAGUCACCAUAUCGAACCCCGGCGCCGGAGUCGGAAAGGGAGGAGUGGCGGCGCCGGUGAGGAGGUUUCCUAGUCGCACGGCGAUGCUGGUGGUGCUGCUGCUUCUCGCCAUCGUCCUCCCUUUUCUCUUCGUCAGGAUCGCGUUUCUCGUCCUCGAAUCCGCCUCCGGUUGCGAUUCUCCAUUUGGCUGCAUGGGAUGGAGACUCUUCCGUGGGGGCGACACAUCUCUGAAAGUCGGGGAGGAGCUGACACGAGCGCUAGUUGAAGAAACAGAUAAUGACGGCAAUGGAAGAGGAAAUGAGGGCACCUUGGAGUCAUUCGAUGACCUUGUCAAGGAGAUGACGUCAAAACGUCGUGAUAUCAGGGCCUUUGCUUCAGUCACUAAGAAAAUGCUGAUGGAGAUGGAACGCAAAGUCCAAUCAGCAAAACAGCACGAGUUGAUUUACUGGCAUUUAGCCUCACACGGUAUUCCUAAGAGCCUCCAUUGCCUUACCCUUAGACUAACCGAAGAGUACUCUGUAAAUGCAAUGGCUCGUUCUCGUUUGCCUCCACCUGAGUUUGUCUCUCGCCUUACUGAUCCAUCGCUUCACCAUGUUGUUAUGUUGACCGAUAAUAUUCUUGCUGCCUCUGUCGUCAUCUCUUCUACCAUAGAAAAUGCUGUAAAUCCCGAGAAGUUCGUCUUUCAUAUUGUCACUGACAAGAAAACUUAUACUCCGAUGCACGCUUGGUUUGCCAUCAACUCUGUUUCAUCACCAGUUGUCGAAGUGAAGGGACUUCAUCAGUUUGAUUGGCCUGAGGAAGUGAAUAUGAGAGUGAAGGAGAUGCUAGAGAUUCAUCGCUUGAUUUGGAGGCGGCAUUACAAAAACUUGAAAGAAGACGGGUUUAGUUCCAUGGAGGGCAAUGAACAAUCCUUACAAGCACUAAGCCCUAGUUGCCUAUCCCUUCUGAAUCAUCUCCGCAUCUACAUUCCCAAGCUCUUUCCGGAUCUCAACAAGAUAGUGUUGUUGGAUGAUGAUGUAGUAGUACAACGAGACAUUUCAUCUUUGUGGGAAAUGGGUCUCAACGGUAAAGUUGUUGGUGCAGUUGUCGAUUCAUGGUGCGGAGACAACUGUUGCCCCGGAAGAACGUACAAAGACUAUUUCAACUUCUCGCAUCCUCUCAUCUCAUCAAGCUUCAUCCCCGAUCACUGCGCUUGGCUGUCGGGUAUGAAUGUAUUCGAUCUCGAAGCCUGGAGGCACACCAAUAUCACAGAAUCUUACUUCAUGUCGUUGAGAAUCAGUCAGAGUUCUGGUCUGCAGUUAUGGCGACCAGGUGCUCUCCCACCGGCUUUGCUCGCUUUCAAAGAUUUCGUAUACCCUCUUGACCCAUCAUGGCACGUCGCUGGACUAGGGUCCCGAUCCAUAGAAACCCCGAAAGAGGUUAUCGAAUCUGCAGCCGUUUUGCAUUUCAGCAACCCAGCAAAACCCUGGCUCGAGAUCAGUAACACAGAGGUAAGAUCCCUCUGGUACCGACAUGUAAAUUCCUCGGAUAGCUUCAUCAGAAAGUGCAAGAUCCUGAGCUAAUGAAGGAAAAAGGCCCUACCUUUUCUUCUUAUACACAUUAAGAACAACAUAAGAAACGGAGAAAAAAAAAAGAAUCGAGAAUUCCGAGCAGCAGAUCGAUGAAGUAUGAGAACGAAGGGAAGAAGGGUUUAGGCCUUCAGCCUCUGUACUCAUACGCCAUGUCCAUAUACAAGAGACCUAGAAGAUAAAUAGUAAGUAGCCUGAAUAUAUGCUCAUGUAUGUAGCUCUAUAUAUCGUAUAUAUAACAUUAUUAUUGUAUACUGUAUUUGCUAUAUCUAGAGAGGAUUCAUCAUAUUUGAACA